AUGACUCAUUGUGGAUGGAAUUCUACUCUUGAAGGUGUGUAUGCAGGCUUGCCAAUGAUCACUUGGCCUUUGUUUGCAGAGCAGUUUUACAAUGAAAGGUUGGUUGUAGAUGUGCUGAAGAUUGGUGUUGCUGUUGGGAUGAAGGAAUAUGUGAUGAAGCAUGAGGAUAGGCCAUUGAUUCAUGGGAUAGAUACAGAGAGAGUUGUGAACUGUGUGAUGGGUGUUGGUGAAGAAGCUGAGGCCAUGAGGAAGAGAGCUAGAGAACUGGGAGAGAUGGCAAAGAGUGCUGUUAUGGAAGAUGGGUCUUCUUAUACUGAGUUAACUCGACUCAUCAAUGAGUUGCUUCUCCUGACUGGCAAACUUACGCAACAGUGA